UAGCAAUGGAGCCUUCUUUCGCAUCAUUGCUGAAAACUGUGUUUGAGGUGAUAUUAUUGCUUCCUCUGUUUGCAGCUCUCUCAAUCUCGAAUGACUCUGAUUUGGAUCUAUCUCCACUUCCCAACAAUUUCCUCUUCGGCACUGCUUCUUCUUCUUACCAGUAUGAAGGUGCUUAUAAGAGUUACGGCAAAGGGCUAAGCAACUGGGAUUACUUCACUCACGGACCCGGUAGAAGUAGAAUAAUCGAUGGAAGCAACGGGGAUAUUGCGAAUGAUCAUUAUCAUCGCUACCUGGAGGAUAUAGAUCUAAUGGAAGGUUUGGAAGUAAACAGCUACCGGCUCUCCAUAUCAUGGGCAAGAAUUCUACCAAAGGGUAGAUUUGGAGAGGUCAACCAUGCUGGUAUCGACUUCUAUAACAGACUAAUUGACACUCUACUACUCAAAGGGAUCCAACCCUUUGUGACUCUUAGUCACUAUGACAUUCCUCAAGAACUGGAGGACAGAUAUGGGAGUUUGCUGAGUCCUCAGUUACAGGAAGAUUUUGCUUUUUAUGCGGACAUCUGUUUCAAAACCUUUGGUGAUAGAGUCAAGUAUUGGGUCACAUUCAACGAGCCGAAUAUCCUAGCGCCAUUUGGUUACCGUUCAGGUUUAUUUCCUCCAUGCCGUUGCUCUGGAUCAUUGGCAAUGUUAAAAUGCACAGAAGGGGAUUCAGAAAAGGAGCCCUUUAUAGCAGCCCAUAACAUUAUCCUGUCCCAUGCAGCUGCAGUUGAUGUCUACAGAACCAAAUACCAGACUGAGCAAAAAGGAAAAAUUGGUAUAGUCCUUCAACAUGAAUGGUACGAACCAAAGAGCAAUUCUACAGCUGAUAGAUUGGCUACUGAAAGAGCCAGAUCGUUCGCCUUCAAUUGGUUCUUGGACCCCAUCAUAUUUGGAAAGUACCCCGUAGAGAUGGAGAACGUUCUUGGAAGCCUCUUACCAAAAUUUUCCAAAAACGAAAAAGAGAAACUGAAGAAGGGAUUGGAUUUCAUUGGCAUCAAUUACUACACUGCUUUCUAUGUCCAAGAUUGCAUAUACUCAGCGUGUAAGGCAGGAUUUGGGACAUCCAGAACAGAGGGUUCAUACAUGAAAAGUGGAGAAAAGAAAGGUGUCCCAAUCGGUGAACCUAGUCCAUUUAGUUGGUUUAAUAUUUACCCAGAAGGCAUGGAGAAAACUGUUACCUAUGUGAAAGAUAGAUACAACAAUACUCCUAUGUUCAUUACUGAAAAUGGGUAUCCCGAAGAAGAUGAUCCAAAUUUCGAACAUCUUAAAGAUUUUAAAAGAAUAGAGUACAUGCUGGAUCACAUAGAGGCCCUGUUAGCAGCAAUAAGAAAAGGAGCAGAUGUGAGGGGAUACUUCGCCUGGACCUUGCUUGACAGCUUUGAGUGGAUAUAUGGAUAUACUGUAAGGUAUGGAUUCCACCAUGUGGACUAUGCCACGUUGAAGAGAACUCCAAAAUUGUCAGCAAGUUGGUACAAGCAAUUCCUUGCUAAGUAUAAGGAAACGAUUUUAUCAGGAAGGAUAGAGCAAGAAAAACUGGUUCAAAACACUUGA